AGUACUUCGAGUCUUCCCUCACAGCACCUAAUAUACGUUUCUCAAUAACUUUUCCAAAUCCCCUGUGCUUUUAAACACAAGUGCUGUGAACAACUGAGUUCAUAAUCUAAUCUUCCUCUUCUUCAGAUAGGAUAUUGAUUUUUUAAUCAGUAGGUUCGAUAUGGCUAUCACUUCAUUUGUAAGCUUCCUUCUAUCUCUUCUUCUAAUCUUAGUUCAGGCAAAGGGAAACAAUGAUUCAACUUGUCCAAAGUCCUUUGCAUGUGGAAAUUUUACUGACUUGAGCUUUCCUUUCUAUCUUUCUACACAACCUGACUGUGGAAUUAUUUCUAUGUCUAGUUGUGAUGCUAAACCAUUUCCGAAAAUCCGACUGCUUCCUGAAGAAGAUUGGUACUAUGUUACAGGCAGGCUGUUUGAUUAUACAGUUUUUCUUGUAGAUCCGAAGCUUCAAACUGUAUUGAGGAAAAACAAGUGCCAAGCUUUUAAAAAAAAUAUCUCCCUUCUAGAUUCUCCUUCUGUUUCUUUCAAAAUUCUCCCUCUGAGUAUGCGCGACUUCUACAGAUGCAAUAGCACUGGUAGUACCCCGAAGUACGACCAAUUUUCUGGUUAUAAAAGGUACAAUAAUUGUAAAGGCUUUAGCAUAUACUACAAUCUUCCGGGAGAUGAUGAAAAAGUCAUUCCAGCAGUCAAUCUUACUGCCAAUUGUUCACUUCUCCAGCUGCCAAUUCGUCCAACAUUAGAUGGCAACUUUUUUAGUCCUGGAUUUCUAGUAGAAUGGAAACUCUCUGAUGACUGUAACAAAUGUCACUAUAGUGGAGGUCAAUGCCAGACUGAUAAAACCAACAAAUUUUAUUGUCACAAAGAUGCAGCAACGACUAGAAGAAGUAUGGUGGGGCUGAUUCUAGGUUCAGGUUUUGGUGGAGGCGGGUUGGCGAUGAUAACUUGUUUAAUUGUCUACUUUAUUUGGUGUUACAAGAAGAGGAAAUUUAGUCCGUCCCAUUUCCUCUCAACAAAGAAAUUCUCCGAUAUAUUUAAACAUGAUGCCGAGGGAUGCAAUGUAUAUUUUGGUGUCUCAGUCUUCUCGUAUUCAGAACUUGCAGAAGCCACAAAUGAUUUCAAUUCCUCUAGAAUUCUUGGAGAUGGAGGUUUCGGAACUGUUUACUAUGGAAAACUUAAGGAUGGAAGAGAGGUUGCUGUGAAGCGCCUUUACGAGCACAACUGCAAACGAAUACAGCAGUUUGUAAAUGAAAUUGAGAUCCUUAGUAGACUAAGGCACAACAAUCUUGUCACACUUUACGGCUGCACUUCAAGGCGAAGCCGUGAGCUACUCCUUGUCUAUGAAUACAUUCCUAAUGGAACUCUUGCUGACCACCUCCAUGGUGACGGCAUGAAGGACAGAUCACUCGCAUGGCCAAUCCGCAUGAACAUUGCCAUAGAAACUGCUGGUGCAUUGGCUUACCUACACGCUUCUGACAUAAUACAUUGCGAUGUGAAGACUAAUAACAUACUCCUUGAUCACAACUUUGGUGUUAAAGUUGCAGAUUUUGGGAUUUCAAGGCUCUUCCCAAAUGAUGUCUCUCAUAUUUCAACUGCACCCCGGGGGACCCCUGGCUAUAUCGAUCCAAAGUAUCACGAAUGUUACCAGCUGACUAGUAAAAGCGACGUCUAUAGCUUCGGGGUUGUCCUUGUUGAACUCAUUUCAUCAAUGCCAGCUGUGGAUAUGAAUAGGAAAAGUCAAGAGAUUAAUUUGGCUAACUUUGCAAUAAACAAUAUCAUAAAAUCUGCAUUUAACGAGUUCAUCGAUCCAUCCCUGGGGUUCAAUUCAGAUACCAAAAUUUGGGAAAUGACUACUUCAGUGGCAGAGCUGGCUUUUCUGUGCUUGCAGACAGAUAGGGACAUGAGGCCUACUAUGGUUGAAGUUUUGGAUACUCUAAAAGAGAUUCAAACUAGUAACUUUGAUAAUGAGAAGAGAUCCAAGUCUAAUCUCCAUGGCUGUGAAACUAUAAUAGUAGCAGCUCCUUCACCAAAUUCUGUGACUGAUAAAUGGAUAACUUGCUCUAGUAUACCUAAUUCAAAGUAGUUAUAUAACCCCUUUGUUUGUUAUUGAUUUAAACAUUGAGAGAUUACAAAUGUGUACUGCUGUGAUAAGUUUCUUGAGCUAUGUAUCUAUGAGUGAAAGUCGUUCAAUUUUUAGUUUCAAUAUAUAAGAGCUUAAGUUAUAUACACUGGCAAUGUAAAGAAUUUUAUUUUAUUUAUGCAAUGCUGCAGUACCAACUGUCAACGUGGUACUGCCAGCAGUCUCUUGUAUUAUAAAAUUGACUUUUACUAAUCAAAGAAAGAUUUUUACUCUAUUUGUCAGA